AUGUUGAAUCCCGAGCUGCGUUCGCAGACCAAACGUCUGGCAGCUACCGGUGGCCGGCUGGCCGGCCUCGCCGUGUGUGCAUGCAAGUCGUUGUUGGGAGCGAGAGACAAUGAGGCGCAAGCUGACGAUUGUCAGGAGUGGCUGAGGACUGCUGCGAUUGCGAGUGUGAGCGGCAACAGCGGCGCAUGUCAGCCGUAUGCCUCGUUCGAUGGGUGGCUAAUUAACAGCGGACAAAUUGCUCCGGGGCGUGAAACGUUACAAAUCGCCCCUGCCGCAGCCGCAGCCGCAGCCGCUAUCGCCAUAUCGCUUCGCACACAUCUGCUCUUACGUCUCCUGAACUUCCUGCAACUUCAGGUGACGUCACAAGGCACACCAAAUGGACACGAGCCUUAA